AUGUCUUUUGGCCCUUCGUCUUCUUCCACUCUAUAUAAGGACAUGUAACCCCUCUUACUUUCUCCGAUGCUUUGACCCCCUUAGAAAGGUAAUUAGAGGUCAACUUCCAUCCUCAAUCAAAUAGACACUUACCCAUUUAAUCUGUCAGCCUAUUUAUUAUGCUCUCGUGCACCAAAUGUGUUGAGAAGUUGCUAAGACGUCACUGUCUAUUCAUCUUGUGUACGGCCUCGGUCAUUGAUCCAUCACAUGGUGAGUAGCCUCACACAGCACAUGCAUGUGGAGAAGGGAUAAGCUACUCUCUACCCCACCCACAUUAUUUUUCUAAGUGGGCCUUCCAUGAUACCAUUGCGCUUCCACUAUUUCCCUGGCAGAACAUGCAUGUGAGUGAUCUUGCAUUUGCCUUAGAUCAAGAGGUGAGCAUUUGAUCGAGAUCUCAGCCAAAUUCUUAGUCCUUGUCUAGGACUCUACCAAAGCUUCUACCCUAUCUAUACUUUACUUGACCGAAACAAUCGAAUUGCUAGAACCCAAUCCGACAAAUUGAGAAUCUGGAACUAAAACAGGAUUGACCUUGUUAAUUUGAACUAGUGAUCAAACUAGCCCACAAGUUGACAAAGAAGAGUUUUGAGUUUCAUUCGAGCAAUUGUUGUUAAAGCAAAAGCCCAAUAUGGACUUGUAGAACAUUGGUAACCUGAUCCGUAUGAUGUGAAGUAAGAAAGAACAAAUGAAUCAAUUCACAACAAGAGCAUCUACAUAAGGAUUUACCUGAUUCAGAGGUCAGAUGUCGUCUACGUUCAGGACCAUGAUGAAACUUCCACAAAAUGAGGCAAGAAUAGAGAAUAAUUAUCAUCAAGAACCUAAAGAACGAAUCCCUAAUCUUGGUCUUGCAGGCACUCACUAAUAGCUGAAAUAGCCAAUCCCUUAUCUUGGCCACAGCUGGCCAAGAAACAUGCCACACGUGGUCCAUUUCUCCUCUGUAUUAAAGGUGGUGCCUGAAAAGUUAUUCUAAAAGUGGAUCCCAUUAAAUAAGUUUGUUGACUUUCACCUCUUUAUCUUGAAUUCGUUGGCCCCCUCCGCCGGAAGAUCGCUUCGCCGCCGUUAUGAAGAGCUCCGCGGUGCUGUCUUCCCUGGCGAGGCGGUAUGCAGCUUCCGAUGAUUUGCCUUUUACUUUUGCCCUCGACUCUCUCUUUGAUUUGCGGACCAUUUAGCCUCGUCGCCGUCGUCAUGGUUGCAGGCUGGAGGGGAAGGUGGCCAUCGUCACCGGCGGCGCCAGCGGCAUCGGAGAGAGCACCGCCAGGCUUUUCGCCCGGCACGGUGCCAAGGUCAUCAUCGCCGACAUCCAGGAUGAGAUGGGCCAGGAGGUCUGCAGGGAAAUCGUGGGCGACGGCGGCGUGGCCUCCUACGUCCACUGCGACGUCUCCUCCGAGGCCGACGUCCAGGCCGCCGUGGAGACCAACGUGAGGUCUCACGGCCGGCUGGACGUCAUGUUCAACAACGCCGGCACCGCCGGAGAGUACAGGUCCCACCUCGGCUUCGACAGGUCCGACUUUGAGAAGGUGUUUGCGGUGAACGUGAUCGGCGUCUUCCUGGGCAUCAAGCACGCGGGCCGAGCCAUGGCCUCCACCGGGCGAGGCAGUAUCAUCAACACCGCCAGCACCGUCUCAGUCAUGGCCAUGAGGGGGUUGUCUCCCUACGGGUCGUCGAAGCACGCCGUGGUGGGGCUGACGAGGGACGCGGCCGUGGAGCUGGGCCACUACGGCGUGCGGGUCAACUGCGUCUCCCCCCAUCUUUUGGCGUCGUCCAUGUCCCGCGGCUCCUUCGGGCUGGACACCAGAGCCGUGGAAGAGGUCACGGAGAAGAUUUCCGUCCUGAGAGCCGCGGCGUUGAAGGCGCAGGACAUCGCCGAGGCGGUGCUCUACCUGGCCAGCGACGAGUCCAGAUACGUCAACGGCCAUAACCUUGUGGUGGACGGCGGCUACACCACAACCAAUCCCAGCUUGGGGGCACACCUCUUUGCCUCCUCUUCCUGA